AUGUGCGGAAUUACGGCGGCUAUCACACUCCAGCGGAGCGAUUCCGCCCGCAGGAACGGUGACAUCAAUGGAACGAACGGAGUCAAGAGCAAAGCAGAUAAAAUUUCGGAGCACGGCACCCUGCGUCAACAGUUUCAACAGAGUCUUGAGGCCAUCGCUCACCGCGGCCCGGAUGCCUCUGGUGUCUGGAUCAGUGAUGAUGCUACAGUCGGUCUUGGCCACUGCCGCUUAGCAAUCAACGACCUCUCUCCGGACGGAGAGCAGCCAUUACACAGUGACGAUGGCAAGAUCCACGCCGUGGUGAACGGAGAAAUCUACGACCACGAUGCCAUCAGAGAGAGAUGUAUCAAAGAGCACAACUACCGCUUCAAGGGCCACUGCGAUAGCGAGGUCCUGGUCGCCCUGUACAAGAUCUACGGCGCCCCCGGCUUCUUCAAGCACCUCCGCGGCGAGUUCUCCUUUGUCAUCUACGACGAGAACAAGGACCGGGUCAUCGUGGCUAGGGACCGUUUCGGUAUCAAGCCGAUGUUUUGGACUGUACAGGACCAGGGCAACGGUACCAGUAAGCGGAUGCUCUUGGCCUCGGAGAUGAAGGGAUUCCGAGCCUUUGGCUGGGAGCCGGAGUGGAAUGUCUACGGGUUGCUCAGUGGAUCUUCGAUGCAAGCCGACUGCACCGUGUUCAAGGACGUUCGCAAGCUGGAGCCCGGAAACUGGAUGGAGAUUAGAGAUGGCGAGAUCAAGCAUCGCCAGUACUGGGAUCCCGAGUUUAAGGACAAGCGUGAGGUGGAGACACGAAGCGCGGAGGAGAUGAUUGAGGGUGUAAGGGAGCGUCUGAUAGAGGCGGUGAAGCUUCGACUGCGCGCCGAUGUUCCCGUGGGAAUCUACCUGUCUGGAGGUAUCGAUUCAUCAGUCAUUGCAGGAAUUGUGACGAAGCUGGUAAAGGAUCAGGGCAUUGAGCUGGGCAAUCAAGACGCAACGAAGCGCAUUAAGUGUUUCACCAUCCAGUUCCCAGAGUCAUCGGGGUUCAACGAAGCUGAUAUUGCUGAGCGCUCAGCCGAUUUCCUCGGCGUGCAGAUCCUCAAGAAGGAUAUGAACGAGACAGAGCUCGCCGACAACUUUGCCGACGCAGUCUUCCAUACUGAGCACCACAACUUUGACCUGAACAGUGUAGGAAAGUUCUGCUUGUCAUCACUACCUCAACAGCACGGCGUGCCCGUCGUUCUUACCGGCGAGGGCGCCGACGAGCACUUUGCAGGCUACCCUUUCGUGCUGCCAGCCUUUCUCAUGGAACCCGACCUCGCGUGGCCCCAGUCCGACAUGACGGACGGCGUCCGCAUCCCCAUGUAUCAGGAGAUGACGGACGACCUCAAGGCCAUGUUUGACCGCAUCGGCAUGUUCGAGGAUGAAUCCUCCUCGGGCGGCGCCGCCCCGACGAGCAACUCGAUGCGUCUCGAGCCCGAAUGGAACGCCUUCUCGCCGUGGGUGCGGGAGACGUACAAGAUGCCCGGCUCGGCCGAGUCGACGCUCGCGCCAGAAGUCCUCGAGAAGAUGAUUGAGAAGUGGCACUCGCUGCACACGAGCCUCUACGUCUACACCAAGGGCCCGCUCGCCAACAUGAUCCUCACGUGCCUGGGUGACCGCACGGAAAUGGCGCACAGCAUCGAGGCUCGCCCUCCCUUCUUGGACCACCACCUCGUCGAGUACGUUAACAACCUGCCGCCGAGCGUCAAGGUCGCAUAUCAAGAAGCUGCCGGGGCAGCCGCCGGGACUGGAACGAUCGGCACCGGAGCUAGUCUGUGGUGGAAGGACCUCAGCCCGGCACGUCAGAAACUGAGCGAGAAGUGGAUUCUCAAGGAGGCCGGGAAGCCGUUUAUUACACAGGAGCUCUACGAGCGGAGGAAGCACCCGUACUCGGCGCCGGUCAAGUGGCCGCGCGGCGGACCCGUGUAUAAGAUGAUUGCGGGGCUGAUUACGCAGGAGAAUAUUGAGAAUCUAGGCUUCAUGGAGUGGGAUAACGCAAAGAGGUGGCUUGAGGAGGGCUUUGGCGAGGAUGCGAGCCCCAGAGCAUUCCGAAAGCUGAUCUGUACCGCCUCCUGGGUUGUUCUUAGUCAACGGUUUGGGGUGAAGAAGGCGGCCGUGGAACAGUGGUCAGCGAGUGCGUGA